AUGAGGAGUCCUCUCCAGGGCGGCUCCUCCGCCGUGCUCCUCCCGCUCCUCGUCUUCCUCCUUGUGGGAUCUCUUCUCCCCGGCGGCGCACGGUCGGAGCCCCCGCCGGACGACGGCAUCCGCCUCCCCUCCGACGGCGGGGCCGUCUGCCCGUCGCUCCCGGAGCCCGCGGCGUGCCCCGUGGCGUGCUUCCGCCCUGAUCCCGUCUGCGGCACCGACGGUGUCACCUACUGGUGCGGCUGCGCCGACGCCGCCUGCGCCGGUGCCCCCGUCGCCAAGCUAGGGUUCUGCGAGGUCGGCAGCAGCGGCGCCGGCGUCCUCCCGGGCCAGGCUCUCCUCCUCGUCCACCUCCUCUGGCUCAUCGCCCUCGCCUUCUCCGUCGUUCUCGGCCUCUUCUGA